GGCAUAUGCAAAUGGGUUCACUGUCCAUUAUUGAUAAUUAAAAGUUAUGAUUAAUUAAUUCAAUAAUCAGAAGAAGCUAAAACACCUAAUCUUGUUGCUCGUAAUAUUACCAUUAAUUACUACAUAAAAUUCGAACCAUCCAUCAUAGUAUCAUACUAUGUACUUUCUCCCACCCCAUAAUCUCAUAAUACAUACCUAGUAAUACCAAUCAUGUCUAUAAUUUUAUCCCAUCUCACUCUAAUACUAUUCUGGCUAAUCUCUAUCGUCCAUGCCAACACCGAGAAGACUAUAUUCCUUGGUCCACCAGCCGUAAACAUCCCCUCCGCACAUCCGACCCUCGACGACUUACAUGUCGAUGUUCUCACACCUACAAAUUCGGCCAUACGGACACAUCUAAACGCCCAGUUCCCCAAUGUCACUUGGCCGCACGGGAAAGCUACUUGGCUUAUCCUGGAUGACCUCGUCCAAGGCCAGCGUUAUGAAGUGAGAGUCUGCUGGGCCGCAACCCAACCUACUGCGUUUAAAAUUAAUACUUACGACCUGGAGACUGUGUUUGAGACCCCCGAACUGAUAUCAGAAUUGUCGGGAUACUCUUGGUCCCGCCAGUCCCCUGAAAUUGAAGAUGGGUCUCGAUCUAAGCCUGCUAAGAGUAUCCAAGCUGCGAGCUCCGAGAGACAAGCGUCAGUCCUGUUUCUCCAGAUUUUAACUGCGGCGGAUUACUACACAAUGGAUAAAGCCUUGAUGAAGCAUGUUCCACCUGUUUACGUGGACAUUAUCCUUGACCCAUUUGUUCUCAAUGUGCUGCCACGCUCACUUUUGCCCACGGUAGGCUACAUAGUGGUGGUAUCUAUCAUGUCCUGGUUCGUGGCACGAUCCAUCGGAACAUGGAUUCGUGUUAUAGCAGCAGAACCAUCCAGCGAAAAGAAGAUGCAGUAAAAUGGUAGAGGGCUUUGACUGAUGCCUCUUAUAAUUGCCUUCUAAAUCCAAACGAGAGCAUCAUCCGAUCCCGGUUAUCAUAAUUCAUAGUCUGCAUUCGUCAAGCUAUUCCACGUCACCACAAGCAAACCCGUAAUCGCGAC